ACUCAAAUUGGAGUGCCCGGAAGUGGGACGGAAGUUCGCAGAAGAUUGGUUGGCGCACAGGGGGUUAGCGCCUAUCGAUUUGCAUCUGUCUCCUUCAAAUGGUAAUACUGGCGCGGAAUCACCGGAUGCGUACGAACGGGUCAUCGAUGUAUAUUGCUUGCAAGUGUUGCCGAGGCUGGGGGAAUGGGAGUACGCCUUCGAAUUCUUAAAAUACGAACAGGAAUUGCCGGAAGAGAAGAAGAAGGUAAGUUGUCAUCUGAAUGUCCGCGACCCCGUUCAUCUCUAAUCGCUUAUAUCCUAACGAGCAGCAAAUUUACACGUCCCUGAAAACGCUGCAUACGCAUGCAAUGAAUCCUCCCCCGCCACCCGCACGGAGACUCGUCCCUGCGGCACGAACCAAUGGCACUGCGGUAGCUUCCUCUCACCAUGUCCCAACCGAACAUUCCACAGACGGAACCGCCACGCCGUUGUCUUCGUCCUCAACUUCGUCUGAUCAUGCUGCUGUCCUUUUCUCGAACCAAACCACCGAUGGAAUGUCGUCCUCGUUUUCAUCGCUGCCUCGCUCAAGUUCCGCCCUAUCAUCUUCUUCCAUAUCGAGUUCUGCAUCUCAAGCGACUGUCACGCCCAACGCCAUAGCUCGUCGUGCGAUCUCAUCCGGAACGCCCCACGAUGACUCCCGCAUCACGCACUUGAACGGGAACGCUAACAGGGCGAAAUCGCAGUCCCGCUCUCCACGGCGUGAAACUCGAGAUAAAAUUCGGACCUCUCGAGAGUUAAGCAUCAGCCGAAGUAGUUCGAACAGCUCCUCGAGUACGACAGCUUUUCCUCAACCACCCCGUGCGCCUUCCUUCAAUCUCUCCUCAUCCGCAUCCUCCUCUUUGAAUAAGCACAGUCCCAAUGAAUUGUCUCUCUCACCGUCCUCCCCAGACUCGCCCACGUUGUUCGAGACAUUCAAGUUGUACAUUGCAAAUCUCCCUCGAAGGGGUGGAAGAAAUUUGACGAUUCCGAUCGUUCUAGCUGUGUUAAGUGUAUUGCUGCCGCUUCUGGGGUAUGUGAUGCGCGUGAAUGCGAGAAGAAGAGCUGUUGGAAGUAGCAGGAUACAGCGUGAUCGACUUCAGGUGGGUAUCUUCAAAUGGCUUUUGGAUGCUGUGAAGGAUACAUUGGUUAUGGCUGGGAAAGGGCUUGUUUGAUUGGAUGGUUCCAUGUGCUUAUAUCUGGUUUCUGUUGUUCAUGACGUGGAUCUGCCCAAUUUUGAUUUGGUAUUCAAAGUUAUGUUUCGCAUGAGCAGUAUCAAUGACGCACGAUUUACUGACGAACAAGUCUUGGCGGACAUCAGUGUUUCAGUAGUUCACAA